AUGUCGACGAGGCGCGCUGCGGCAUCGGAGGCGCAGAAAACAUCGGCGACCGACGUUAAGGAUGGCGAUAUCGAGAUGGAGGAUCGCCCUGACGACGCUGGCUCAGACAUCGAUGCUGAGGGCGAGCCAGAAGUUGACAGUGGUCACGACAUGCUGCAAACAAUCAGCAACUUGUCGAGUUAUCUUUGCAGCGUAGAGGAAGAUGGCGACGAACUUGCGGCCGGUUUCCAGCGAAUUCCGAACAGAAGAGUCUUGCCUGAUUAUUUUGAGGUCAUCUCCGAACCAGUUGCAUUCAGCACUAUUCGCGGGAAAAUACAAAAGAAACAAUACACUUCGUUUGCUGAAUUCGUCCGAGAUGUAGCCCAGAUAUGCCACAAUGCACAGGUCUACAACCGCCCCUCUGCGCCUAUAUUUGGCGCAGCCGUUCGGCUAAGAGAGGUUUUUCGGGAAAAACUGCAGGAGAUGGCCGUAAAGGGACACAUUAGCUCGGACGAUGCGAAGAUACCCGAUUUGGGUGAUAUUCCACCUGCGGAGGAUUCACCGCCACCAGAAAGCGAUGUUGAUGAAGAAGAUGAUUUGGAAGACGAGGAUGAAGAUGACGACUCGAGCGACGAAGCAAGUGGCCGGCAGAGAGGUCGCGGUAACAGGAGGGGGAUAGCUCCUCGCGGCCGCGGUCGAUACGGAGACCAAGACGAAAAUUCUCACAAAAGAGGCCGUCCGCCGAGCGUCCUGACGCCUACCGAAGCUCGAAUUUCGUCUCUGAUAAGAAGCCUAAGGAAGGCGAAGGAUGAUCAAGGCAACCCACUCAUACUACCUUUUGAGAAACUCCCCGAUAAGGCAGUGGUCCCCGACUACUACGAAACGAUCGCAGAUCCCAUCGCGCUGGACCAUAUCAAGAAGAAGGCGAGGCGCAAGAAGUACCAGAGCGUGGAUCACGUACUGGCGGACAUUGAAAAGAUGUUUGAGAAUGCCAAGGCGUACAACGAAGACGACAGCCCCCUCUUCAAUGCGGCUGUGGAGCUCCAGAAACAAGCCCGUACUCUAGCUGAAGAGGAAAAAGCACGGCCCGACGAGGACUUCCGAGACGAGGACGGAAAAUUGCCACUGGAUGAAGUCGAUUACAACGGCGAGAAGUGGAAAGUCGGGGACUGGGUUCACAUUCGAAACCCCAAUGAUCUGGCUAAGCCUAUCGUUGCACAAAUAUUCAGGACGUGGCAAGACCGGGAAGGCCAAAAAUGGAUCAAUGCAUGUUGGUACUAUCGUCCAGAGCAGACGGUACAUCGAUUUGACAAGCAUUUCUUCGACCACGAGGUCGUGAAAACCGGACAAUAUCGAGACCACCGGGUCGAGGACGUGUUGGACCGUUGCUUCGUAAUGUUCGUGACACGUUUCAACCGAGGCCGGCCGAGAGGGCUUGCGCGUGACAAGGAAAUUUACAUCUGCGAGUCGCGCUAUAACGAGGAAAAGUUUCGUUUCAACAAAAUUAAAACAUGGGCGAGUUGCCUCCCUGAAGAGGUUCGUGACAGAGAUUACGAAAUGGACUUAUUCGACGCUCCGCCUCAUCGGAUGCAAAAAAAGCCCAGUCCCAUCAAGCACCUUCUACGCGAAGAUGCCAAAGAGACCGACAACCUGCCAAAACCAACAUGGGGUAGUCCAAACGCACCGCCAAUCGUCGGUGCUACACAUCGAAGACCAAGAGAAGCAAACGACUCUCCGCCCCCAGAGCCAUCGCCCUUGCCCCCGGCGUCAGUUACUACUCAAGCGUCCUUGGAGGCGAGCCGGCGCCAGUCUAUGCUUUCGGUGGCUCAAGAUACUCCAGCCGAUAUGACAGUGCGAGGCACAUCGACCUCUUUUCCGGGUCUAGGCCUAUCACCUUCACCCAACCAAUAUCAAACGACUAUUGCACCCACAUUUCCUUCUGCUACUCCCGGGAUGGCUGGCACGCCUGUUCAUCAGCCCAUGCCUCUGCCUCAAGCGCCCCAGCACUCACCCCAUCCUCAGGCUCCUAUUCGCCCUCCCAACUAUCAGCAACAGGCAUAUGCACAGGGCGGUUAUUCGCAAUCUCCGGCGUCAGCCAUGCAUCACCAAGCUUUCCAAAACCCGUUGACGCCCAGCUACGGCCAGGCACCACCACCCCCAACGCCAAGAUCUUCGAUGGUUCCUGUCCCGGGAAAUACGCCUCACAACAUGUACAACCCACCCCGGCCACCAGAAGUUUAUACACUCUCUGAUACUACCGAUGAGGUUUUUUCAAGUGUGCUUCGUCACCAGUACCAGUGCGACGAUAACGGAAGGGUUAUAUUCUUUACAGCGCCGCCACUCGAUAGGUCGCACACUGGACUGUCGCCUGAAAACGCAGGCCUGGGCCACAGUGCCAAAUUUAUCCAAGGACGUCGGGAAUGGCUGGCUGAGCGUGAGAAAAAACGAAAGGCUCGUGACGGAGAAUUGGGGACACACUUGAACAAAAAACCUGCGCAUCAGCAAGGCCGUGAUUUCACUACUGAAGGAUCAAUCACAGAACAAGCAACGAGCGCAUUGGAAAAGUGGUUUCAAGAUUUCGACAAGGACACGGCCAGGUGGCGGGCUCAAGCAGGUUUGGAGGGUUGGGAAAGACAUGCGCGCGUUUAG